AGACAGCCUUUCCCCAAAUGCAUUUGAUGUCCCCAAACUGCAGUGUCUUUUUGCUUUUGUAAAUCAACAACAAUACUCCUCUCUCUCAGUCUCUCUCAAAUGAUCAAGUCAGUAGUACUCAGUACACUGAACCCCCACCAUCCGAUAUAUAUCCCCUUCCUUUUCCUUUCUCCUCCUUCCCCUUCCAAGAUCUCCAUCGCAUCAUAAGAGUGUUCAGUUGCUUUCUCUUCUCCUCACACCCUACCACUGCUCUCUCUUUUCUCUCUGCUCCACACCAUGAGACAAGAAGGUAGCCCCUUGGACUUGAACAACCUGCCGGAGGAGUACGGCAAGCAAGCAGCGCCGGUGGAGAGUUCAACGACCACCGCCGCAUCCAGCGCCGACCAAACCAGGACAAAGAAGAAGAGCGGCGGCGGCGGAGGGAAGGAGAAGGAGGAGGCCGGCAAGGUGUACGAGUGCAGGUUCUGCUCCCUCAAGUUCUGCAAGUCCCAAGCCCUGGGCGGCCACAUGAACCGCCAUCGCCAAGAGAGGGAGACGGAGACCCUGAACCGCGCCCGGCAGCUCGUCUUCGGCAACGACACCCUCUCCGCCGUCGGCGCCCAGAUGAGUUUCAGGGACGUGAACAUGGGAGGCGGCACCGCAGCUCCGUCAGCCUUGCUGGGAGGAGGCUUCAGGGGCGGAUCGGAUCAGCCGUCCGAUCCCAAUUACCGGCGGAUGGAUCUGCAGCCGGUGCUCUCGCCCUUCCCGCCGCCGCACCCCCAUUACCGGCAGUUCAGGAAGGCGCCACAGAUGAGCUUCCCGGCGCCGACCACGUACCCGGCCCCACCCCAGCAGCAGCCCGCCAUGGCCGGCUGCGGCGACUACGUCAUCGGCCACGCCGUCUCCCCCGGCGCCGCCUUCUCCUGCUUCGGCGGCGCUCCGCUCGCCGCGACCUCGCCGCCGGCCAUGGCGAGCGUGCAGCCGGCGGACAACGGCGGCGGCUGCAACUGCGGCUUCGGGUGCGGCCACAGCAGAAACAUGAACUAAUGCUUGCCUUUUGAUGAUGAUUAGUGUAAAGAGCCAAGAAGUCUUGUUAAGAUUAAGUUUCUGGACACUGUCAAAGGGGGUCGGCGGAUCGAUCGGUACUGUUCCAAGAGUCUAGCUUAAUUGCCUUGAAAUUCUACUAGUUCUAAGUAUUGGUUUCUAUUGUGUUUAUUUUGGCUAUAUAUGCAUGGAAUUGUAGAAAUUGGCCAUGUUUUCUCUGAUGCUAUUAAUUAUUUCGAAAUAGAUGUUAUACAACUUGUGCAUC